AUGAGUCCUCCACGAAAUCGAAAGCAGCGCCGUGCUGCGGCUACCGAGUCAAUUGCCACCGCAUCCGACAUUCCUCUCUCCAUCCCCUCACGCGACGACCCCUCCACGAGCUCCAAAGAGCAUAGAACACUGUAUGACAUCAUUGAAGAGCGUCAAAAUGAGCUCCGCGGCCAGAUAGCAGGCUCAAAAGCUAUACCAGCAUCAACAAGGAAAACAAGGCAGUCUGCCCAGUCCACGGGGACACGAUUCGUGACGGUGGACGCGUCCGGAGCUCUGGUGGAGACCGAUGGCGAUAUCAGCAGUGAGAUCGUGAAAAACACCGGAGGACAGAAUAUCCCCCACAGUGGAGGUGCCAAACCCAAAGACAAAAAUGAUGAAGACGACUCCGAGACCGACGAGCCCCUCCCACCCUUCCUCGAUACCGUUUUGCUCUCUGUCCCUCUCACAACCCUCCACCUCACUCUUGCCUACCUGGCUGCCUACAUGUACGCCGAAUCCACGAAUGUUCCGCGCCUGGUCAAGGAUGCUGUUACGACGACCUUCCCUCUACUCACAUUUCUUGUUCACUUCAUUCACGGCCACAUCGUCUCCUUCCGGCUUCCACGAUGGAGCUUCUUGAAUCCGCAGCCUGUUUACCUUCUCCCACUUACACGAGACAAAUUUACAUUCUCAUUUCUACGCCGCUUGAUAUUACCCCCGACUCUCCGAACCAUUGUCUUCCUACCCGUCGCGGUGACGCUGGGUAUGCACCUGAUUACUAUUACAAAUGAGCAACCCAAUUACGCUGUGAUGAAGAAGGCGCCUGCAUAUGGGACGGUAUGGAUCUGGUGCAUACUUGAAAUGACGUUUGGCCCAGCGGUCUUGGGAUCGUUGGGACCGUUGAUUUGGGGCGUUUGGUGGAUGGGCUACGGCAUUGUCUGA